CAUCUCCUCAGAUCCAGAAGAACAACUGGUAUCAGCGGGAGGUGGAGCGACUCAAGGAGGAAGUCAACAGCAGAGACAUCAAAAUCAAGUGGGCCCAGAAUAAACUAAAGACAGAACUUGAUGCUCGACAGGAAGCUCAAGGCAAACUAGACAGGGCGCUGGUGAAGAUAAUGAAGCACGAGGACGAACUGAAGGCCAUCAAGGAGGAAGCUGAGAGUAUUGUCCGAUCCACCAGGGACAGUGAGAAUUCCCGGGCAAAUGUUUUAGACAUGCAGCUGAAGGAGGAGAAGGCUCGGCUCAUCAUGGAGCGGCAGGCCAGUGAGAGCAGAGGGUCGGCUUAUAACAAGGUGUCUACGGAGCUGGAGGCACUGAAGCUCAAGCACACGGCUCUUGUGGAGGAGACCAACUCUCUCAGAACCCGUGUGACAACUUAUGAAGCAGAACGGGAGGAAACGGAGAAAUUGUUCUCCAGUUUGCGUACGGAAGUGACGUCCUCCCGCCAGGAAGCUGCAGACCUCAACCUCCAGUUAUCCAAUACGGCACACCUACAGCAGCAGCUCAGCAGAGAACGAGAACAGUUAGCUGCAGCCAACCAAGACAUAGACGGGUUACAGUCAACAAACAGUGAGUUGGAGAGUGAAUUGCUGACCUGCCGUCAGAAGGAGGCGGAGCUGCUGGCCUUCACGCAGAAGCUGACUGACAAGAACGUCCAAAUUCAGAGUCAGUUCUCUGCCCUCCAGUCAAAGACACAAAUGAUGGAGUUGGAACAUGGUGAGAUCAAAUCAGAAUUGGAUGAGCUCAAGAUGCAGAAGUCUAAGUUAAAAACAGACCUGACCAGAGAGAACCAGACUCACAGUGCUCAGCUGGAGAACCUUACACAGCAGCUAACAGAAAAAACAGAAGAGGCGAAACUUUUAACUACAAAAGUUAUGGACCUUGAAAAUGAGAUUCAAGUCCUCAAAAGAAAACACAACAAUUCCUUAAAGGACAUAAUGAGAGAGAUGCACAAACUACGGAGGCGUCUAGAGGACCAGGAAAAUGGCACCGCCGGAGUCUCGUCCAGCGGCCGAUCCUCCCAGUCGGCGACGCCGCACGACGCCUUGUCGCAGGGCUCGAGGGCUUCGUCCAACACCUCCCUCAACACCAUAGAAUACCAGAGUACUAAUGGCAGCAGUCCACACUCGCAGGAUCCCCUGCCGCCUCUUCACGACCCUCUGGUGACUCAGCAGCUAUUGGUCGAUAGAAUAAUUAAACUCCAGAAAUCUGCUGCCAGACGCUCGGAAAAGAUCGAGUUCCUGGAAGAACACGUCUCUCAGUUGGUGUCUGAACUGAAGAAGAAGUCUCGCAUCAUCCAUCACUACAUCAUGAAAGAAGAGACCGGAGCUCUGGCUAACUCGGCGUCAGAUUCUUCCAAGUCUCCCAAUGCUAACACUGGAAUUACAAGAAGAAAGAGCCAGGCGGAACUGAUGCGUCACGGAGGUAUCAUGGCCUCGGUGUAUGGCUCAGCCCCCCGGGACGGCUCCAUGACCCUCGAACUCUCCCUAGAGAUCAACAGGAAGUUACAGGCGGUGCUAGAAGACACUCUGUUGAAGAACAUUACUCUCAAGGAAAACCUGAACACCUUAGGGGAUGAAAUAGCCAAGAUAUCUCGCCACCAGACUCAACAACCGGACACUCACAAGUGAUGUUGUGGAUCACCAACAGAGAUCCGUGACUUGGGGAUUGUGAACGAGGAUCCAUAAUGUGUGAGGGAAGGACAUUUUGUUGAUCGUUUGCUGCCUUUACUGUACUUGUGUCUCUAGGAAGCAUGAUUGGUAUUUUACUCGAGCGUUGCCAGCCAUUAUUGAUUCAUCUGAGACACGAGGCCCAAGUUAUUGUCCGUUCGUGAAGAAAGUUAACGUGGGAGUUAGACAAUAACAAUUCUUGUUGUGGAAGUUAACUUUAAGUAUCUUGUGCCCAGAAGACUUUACUUAUCAUUGACAGGUUUUAUGACAUGAGUUGAAGUGGAAUUCUUAAGAAAUUAUUGAUAGCUACUGUAUGUUAGUACUCACUACAUACACACAAACUUUUACUAGCUUUACAUUAUGUUGAGUUCUUUUCAUGUUAUCUUCUUUUUAAGUCAGUUUUAUUCUCUCACUCUCUCUCUCUCUCCAAACAGUCAUAAGUAUGCCAUUAUCCAUGAACAAGAAACAUAAUAUGAAAACUUGUCUUCUCUUGUGUGUUGUAGGGAACCUAAUCAGUAUUUGUGGCUCAUCUCACGAAUACAUGCAAUGAGUCUGCUGUGUGUGUACGUCAGCUACGCCAUGUUUGAUAAUGUCUUACACCCAAGUGUUGAGUUAUACGUGAAAUAACUAGUCAUUAAAGAAGUGGAUUUAGUUUGUAGAGAGUUUUAUCCGUUCUUGUCUUCACUUCACAGUUAUCGUGGAUUAAGCUGCAUGACAAAUAUUUGUACCACGGUGGAUAAGGAUUUCAUCUUGCAUUGUUACCGGUUAGCUUAGGUACUGUACUCUUGUCAGAACAUGAAAUACCACUCCAGUCAAUAAGAGCUAUGUAAAUUUUACUUGAAUCCCCCCCCCCUAAAAGAGAUCAAAUUGUAUCUUGCUUUUAUCCUCUCUGCCACUGAUUGGCUUGUUAGCCGCCCGGGCGAUCGGUCACGUCUCUGUCACACACAGUUGGCAAGCACUGGGCAUUCACCGGCUCUUGAAUGUACCUGAACCUGCUCCAGUGUUGGUCAGGGCUGGUGUUGAAACAGCUCACACUCGGUGCCGUCACAACACUCUUGUGGUGCCCAGUGUCCAUCUUGUGUCCUUCCAUCUGCUUUUGUCUACAGCUGAAACAAUCACCAAAUAAAGAACCUCUUUAUGAGUUAAGAGUAUACAGUACUGUACUGUAAUACUUAAUAACAAUAUUUAUUCCGUCAUUCCCAUUUCAGGUUUUCAUAUGACUGUAAACAUCGUUAUAUUAUGGCAUAAGAAUUUCCAUCAUCAACUCUCGUCAACAUCGUCGUCCUUUAAGUUGGGUGUUCGUGCAUUAAAGUCAAUGUUCACCUGACAGAUUCUUUUAACCCAUUAUAUAUGGGCUCUCCUCUGACCCGAACAAAAUCAUAUGGUGUUAGCCAAAGAAAACAUUAAAGUGGCGUCCCCGUAGUGAAGGGGUUAUGGAGAAUGUUACUCAUCAGACAAUACUAAACAUAUAUACUGUACAAUAUAUCAUAUUUCUACCAUUAUAGUUUCUACAGUUCCGAGGCUGCAGAUGUAUCGUGCCCUGGAGGAGCCAUCAUGCUUAGUAUAAGUUUAGGACCUGAGUUAAAAGCCUUUAGUAGGUGACAUAUCAUAAAUUCAAAAUGAUCAACAUAAGUGUUCUUUACUUUGCAAUCUUAUCAUAUUAAGUAUAAGAAAUAUUCUGUGUUGUUUGACAGUACAGUACAGUAUUUUAAAACGAGAAUAUUGUUUAUUUUUUUAUUAAGUGUGAAAUGUAGGUAAAUCAUAGUUAGGAGUAAUUAAUCUAUUUUUAAUUAAAUUGUAUUGAACUACUGUGCGUAUACAUUGAAUCGUUUCGGUUAAAGACUAUGGCAGUGAUAUAAGUUGGCAUUAUUGUGUCAGGUUAUUAAGUUGGUGUUUACAUGAGAACAGUUUGCUUGAGGUAGAGAGUGGUUGUACGUUCUGUGUCUGUGUUGAUGAAAUACUUUUAGUACAUAUCACACUUGUUGAA